AUGCCUUUGCACAAGCGUUUGCUGUCGGUGAAGAAUGAGCUCAUACUCUUCACAACUCCGCUCCUUCUUUUGCCUCUGCCGCUCGUUAUCGCCACCUCGCAAGCAGAAUGUGCCUAUGUGAUCAUCCUCAUGGCGGUGUACUGGUGCACCGAGGUCUUGCCCCUGGCGGUGACGGCCUUGCUCCCUGCACUCCUCUUCCCUCUUUUUGGCAUCAUGGAGUCCCAGAGUGUAUGCAUGCAGUACCUAAAAGACACCAACCUGUUGUUUGUCGGUGGUCUGAUGGUGGCUGUGGCCGUGGAACACUGGAACCUACAUAAGCGAAUCGCCUUGAGGGUGCUCCUGCUCGUCGGCGUGCGUCCUGCACUGCUGAUGCUGGGCUUCAUGGGUGUGACAGCCUUCUUGUCCAUGUGGAUCAGCAACACAGCCACUACAGCCAUGAUGGUGCCCAUCGUCCAAGCUGUGCUGGAGGAGCUCAACAACAGCGAGGGGCAGAUGCCUGUCAUCCUGAGCUCAGAGGAGUUCCAGAAGCCAGAAGUAGACAUCAAGCAGGAGAAAACAACGGAAAUGACAGGCCCCAUUGUGGUGACUUUCUUGGACGCCUCCGUUGAAGUGACACGACAAAAGGAGGCACAGGAAAGACAGAAGAUAUGCAAAGGGAUGACCCUUUGCGUUUGCUAUGCCGCCAGCAUCGGCGGUACUGCUACGCUGACGGGGACUGGUCCCAACUUGGUGCUCAAAGGACAAAUGAGCCAACUGUUUCCUGGAAAUGGCGAUGUGAUCAAUUUUGCUUCCUGGUUUGGAUUCGCGUUCCCCAACAUGAUCCUCAUGCUGGUGCUGGCCUGGCUGUGGCUGCAGUUUGUUUUCAUGGGAUUCAACUUCAAGAAAACGUGGGGCUGUGGUGCUGAAAAGACAGAGAAGGAGGUGGCUGCCUACGAAGUGAUCCGGGGGCAACAUCGCCGUCUGGGGCCCAUGUCCUUUGGAGAGCUGAGCAUCCUGGGUCUCUUCAUUCUGCUUGUGGUUUUGUGGUUCUCCAGGGAUCCCGGGUUUGUGUCCGGCUGGGCCACACACAUCUUUAACUCCAAAGCAGAGUAUGUCACAGACGCCACUGUGGCCCUCUUCGUUGCCAUCCUCCUUUUUAUCCUUCCCUCCAGACCUCCACCUUUUUGCUCAUGGAGGACACAAAGUUUUGACACAGUAUCCCAUCAGACAUCUAGCUCUGCUCCACGUCUGCUAACAUGGAAGGUGGUCCAGAAGAAAUUACCAUGGGGAAUUGUACUGCUUCUUGGUGGAGGAUUUGCACUGGCCAAGGGGAGUGAGGUGUCAGGACUUUCCAGGUGGAUGGGAGACCAAAUGAGCCCCUUGCAAAGUAUCCCACCCUGGGCAAUUGCCAUUAUCUUGUGUCUCCUCAUUGCAACCUUCACAGAGUGCACCAGCAAUGUGGCUACUGCCACGCUCUUCCUGCCCAUUUUAGCAUCAAUGUCGCAGUCCAUUGGAAUUAACCCUCUGUUCGUCAUGGUGCCUUGUACUCUGAGUGCCUCCUUUGCUUUCAUGCUGCCCGUGGCCACGCCACCAAACGCCAUAGUCUUUUCCUACGGAUACCUCAAGGUUUCAGAUAUGGCAAAGACUGGAAUAGUCAUGAACAUCAUUGGCAUAAUGUGCAUCACACUGGCCAUUAACACCUGGGGGCGGGCCAUGUUUCACCUGGAUUCCUUUCCAACAUGGGCCAACGCCACUGGGCCGUGA